CUUGCAGGUAUCAACUCUUUCUCAACGCCUGUGGUCUUUGCGCGCCGAGGGAAUCUGAUGUCCUCUAUGGGAAACAUACGGUUUCGCUCGAAAUGCAUCCAGUGAGAAUCCAGAUGUCAGGCCUUCAAAUCACGAACAGUGCCGGAUUUCCUGCGCCAUCUUCCCGACGUCCUUCAUAAACGGGCUUCGAUGAGCAGAAGCACACACUGCGGUAAUCCCUGCUAAUGCUUCCAUUCAAUAUCUCUGAGCCCACGCACCGCGGCCGCCCCUCCCUCAACCUUCUGGCGCGCAACAUCUUCCGGCGCUACUGGCCUGUCAUCAUCACCCUGACCCUCGUGGCACUCUAUUACGCCUCCGCCUAUGCCCCGCGGCGCUACCAGCUCAGCCGUAUACCCUCCUCCUUCUUCAGGUCUCCACGGCCGCAAGGCGGUCCGCGCCCGCCCCCGAUACCCGUUGUGGACGCGGGCGACGUGUGGGGUGCGCGGGCCCACGAGGUCCGGGAAGCUUUCGUGCACGCGUAUGAGGGAUAUAGGGCAUAUGCUCUGCCCGCAGACGAGGUGCGGCCGAUGUCCGGCGGGUCGAUCAACAACUUCCAUGGAUGGGGCGUGACGAUGUUCGACUCGCUCGACACGAUGUGGCUUAUGGGGCUGGAGGACAUGUUCUUUGACACGGUGCGGGGGGUGCAGGACCAACAGUGGCGCACCCCGCGUGCCCAUUUCUUCGAAGUCGUCAUUCGGUACCUCGGCGGCGCUCUGUCUGCUUAUGCACUGUCGGAGGACCCGAGACUGCUCAAACUUGCGGACGAUCUGGGCACGCAACUGCUCCCUGCCUUCGACACUCCGACGGGUUUUUCCGUGCAUGGGGUUGAUACCGAGCUAGGUCGAGCUAAAGGUGGCGAAGGGCCGUUUCCAGAAUCAUGUCUGGCGGAGCUAUUCAGCAACCAGAUGGAAUACAAAUACCUCGCGCAUCUUACUGGAAAGGCCAAGUACUUCGAGGUGGCCGAGCGACCCAUGCGAGUCAUUUAUCCGCCAGAGAAGACACUCUUCGACGGCCUCCUCGCAACGACAUGGAAGGUGAACACCGCAGAGCCCAAUCUUUCCGACUUUACCGCCGGAGGAUGCGCUGAUUCCGCAUACGAGUACUUCUUAAAGCAGUGGCUCAUGUCAGGAAAGACCGAGCUCAGGACCCGAGAACUCUCGCGAAUGCGAUCAUGGAGCAUCUGCUCUAUGUUGGGUCUAAACGGCAACUGCUGGCUGUUUGCGCUGGCUGCGCACCCGAGCUCUGGGCUCAAUCUGUCAGACACGCAACUAGAGCGACAUCUAUGGGCCGCGGAAGGUCUGGCCGAGACUUGCUGGGCGGUAUACGGCGAUACUACCUCUGGACUAAGUCCGGAUUCGUUCAGGAUGGAUGCGGAGAACGAACGGUGGACUGUCUUGCUGCGAGAAUGGGAUCGAGAGGGAAGAGUCGGGCCGGCUCCUGGGACCAAGGGCGUCGAACUGCAGCGUGAGUCAGGAAAUCGGGGCUAUGUGGCGACCGAGGAUGUGUAUCUGCUUCGUCCAGAGGCCGUUGAGACUUUCUAUGUCAUGUGGCGGACAACGGGCGAGGUGAAAUGGCGAGAGCGUGGCUGGUCCGUCUUCCAGUCUCUGCAAAAGUACACCCGUGUCAAGCACGGCUUCACGACCGUUCGGCAUUUGGACGAGAUUCCUUUCCAAUUCGACGACAUGCCCAGACCGGCCGCACACACUCUCUCAAUGGUGGAAGACAAAUACAUCGGACUCGCUCUGGCGGUUUCCAGCUCCGCCGCUAUCGGCACCAGCAUCGUCAUCACGAAAAAGGGCCUCACGGCGGCAGCGAAUGCCGGGUCGGGCUCGGAGUUCUCGUACCUGCGGAAUCCUAUAUGGUGGGCGGGAAUGUCAACUCUUAUCAUUGGCGAAGUGGCCAACUUUGCGGCGUACUCGUUUGCGCCGCCGGUGCUCGUAACUCCGCUCGGUGCCCUCAGUGUGCUUAUAGGCGCUAUCCUCGCCUCUUUCCUGCUGAACGAGCAGCUGGGCCAUUUGGGCCGAGUAGGAUGCGCAUUGUGCCUGCUUGGCUCGGUUAUUAUUGUGCUACACGCGCCAGAUGACAGGCCAAUCGAGACUAUCACCGACUUUUUGAAUUACGCUAUGAAGCCUGGCUUCCUGAUGUACUGCUUCACCGUCUGUGCACUCGCCAUCUUCCUCGCGUAUGCCGUUGCACCGAAGCACGGACGCACCAACCCCACGGUUUACAUCUCGAUCGCGUCGAUCGUCGGGUCGGUGUCGGUCAUGUUCAUCAAGGGCUUUGGUGUCGCGGUCAAGCUGACCUUCGCGGGCAAGAACCAAUUCGUGUACCCCAGCACGUUUGUCUUCGGACUGAUUUCGGUCGGGUGCAUCGUUAUCCAGCUCAACUACUACAACAAGGCGUUGGAUCUCUUCUCGGUCAACAUUGUCAAUCCGAUGUACUACGUCGGCUUCUGCAGCGCUACGAUCGUUGCUUCGUUGAUUCUGUUUGAAGGGUUCAACACGACAGAUGCCAGCAAUACGUUCUCGUUGCUCUGCGGAUUUAUCGUCACCUUCCUCGGCGUGCACAUCCUCAAUCUGUCGAUGCUGGAGGAGUCCGCGCAGGCCGUGGAAGAGGGACGUGAGGACGCGGCGGGGUUCGAAGGGCGGCUCUCGCUCGACGGAUGGCACGGCAUCCAGCGUGACGGGCACAACGGUAUGGGCUUGCCGUCCCCCCGCGGACUGGGCCACGCGCGGCGCAGCUCGCUGUACCGCAACCCCGCUGCGACGCUGUUCAAUGCUUACGAUCCGGCGGGCGGUGCUGACCACGUCGGACUGCAGGAUUUGCGGGAGGAGGAAGACGACGAGGGGUGGAACUCGACUGAGCGGACGUCACUGAGGACGCCUCGGUCGGCGAAUCACCACCACACGCCGAAAACACCGUCGCUGGGCGACAUCCGGAUAAACCCGCGGCCGCUGUAAGUGAGCGUCCGCGCGUACUUAGACUUGGAACUCUGUAUACGAUACGAUACCUAUCUUGCUGUGCAAAUGGACUCCGCUAUUCACGAAUACUGUAACGCGUAAUAUGAGCUGCCUUGGAUUGCGUCGAUCGUCUCUAAAAUGGGUACGUGGGGGGAUACAUACAUAGUACAAGUGCUUGUAGGGUAUUAGAUCAGGAUUACAUGGAUGCCAAGUCCAUGGGGAGCAUAGGGCUGCUCUCGCUGUAGUGAGCAGUAGAGAUGCGGUGGUAGAAUAGACGUCGGAUCCAGUCCGGCGGAGAUUAUCAGGACCGGCGGGGUCGGGGUGUCGUUGGGGUCUGCUCCUCACCCGUGGCGUUCGUGGAUGCCGGGCCCGGGCUCCUCACACGACCGUCCUCCUCGCCGCGCGUCGUUCCGUCCCACCUGCACCCGGACCCUCGUCCAGCUGCGGCACCCCCUCGCGUCCCGGCUCCGGCUCCGGUCCGUCGUCCAGCGCGCGCCGCACGGCAACCGCGUUGAGUUGCGCCUUAUACGCAUCGCGCUCGCCGCGCAGGCGCUCGAGCUCCUUGACGAGGUUAUUGUACCCCGCACGCUGUUUCUCGAUGAGCUUCCACAGCUGGUCGUUCUUCGUGCUCAGGCCCGUGCGCUCCGAGACCGCCUGAUGCAGCGCUGCCAGCGCGGGGUCCGGAGAAGCGGCGUGCGUCGAGAGGAGGCCCGCUGUGGUAAGUGGGGGGAUGGGUUCCGGUGUCAGCGCCAUGGGUGAGGUGGGGCGGUGGGGCGGUGUGUGGUGGUGAUGUGGUGUCGAGUAGUGAACUGGUGCGGUACGUGUACUUGAUCGUUAGUGGUUUGUGGAGAGUGUGCUGUGUCGGAACAGAUCAGCCGGUGGGGGUUGGGAGGAAGAAGCGGUCGCUGACGUCGACAAAAAUAGGCGGCGGGCACAGGCUACGCUACCAGGCAACAAGGGUCACAGCGAUCUCCUUCCGUUUGUCAGACGCCUGGGCCCCUGGAUCGUUGUUCCUGUAUUGUACUGUACUGUACUGUCGACACAAUACACACUGCGGGAAGAUGCACAACAGUGUUCACGGCCAUCGCUCGAAACAAUAGCAAAUGCGCUUCGCGGACAUGGGUGUCCGGUGGUGAUGCCGGUGGGCUUGGUCAGAUCGGGGCUGCGAGGCCGGAGGACAGAGUCAGACGCUGGGUCAACGGCAGAGCGAUCGGCUGCAGUCGUCGGUUGUGUAAUGAAGAGACAAGAGUGAAGGCGCGUAGCGGAAGCGACGCGUCACUUCAUUUCCCGCCUUGUGCCCGCAUCACAGAACAUCCUGACAGGGAAACAGCUUUUCAACAGCGAGAGAGCCCCCAUCCCCUACUGCCUGCCUCGCUCACAAGCAGAACUUGUUGCUUCCCAAACUCCCAAGCUAGCUAUGGAAGAAAGGCUUGGAGAUCGUCACCAGCGCCAAGGAGAGUCUCCCAUCACCCAUUUCGGCGCACCCGGCCCGGGAGUAAACCAAAAUGAAAACCUACUUUCGAAGCUGACGUCAGCGCGGUGUCGUUGAAAUUGACCUGUGUAGCAGAUAUGAGCGAAGACAUAGCUUUCUGAGAGUCAGUCAUUCAUUUCCUUAGCUCCACGAUUCGAUUGAAAAUUCGAUGAAAUUUUAAGUUCG